CUGCUGCUUGUAUUGGUUCGUGGUAGACAUGAUCGUCAAACCCUCAAACCUCUCAAAAUGGCGCCCUCCAUUCCCCACUGGGCAAAACCACGUCUUUCUAGUAAAGAGAAAGAAACUGAGUAGCAGCUAAAGAUGGGUAAUAGUAAUACUGUAGCUAGCACAAGCGGCGAGAUUCCUCCGUCGCCGUCUUCAUCCGCUGAAACGGUGGAGUUGGAGUACGAGAAAUCGAAGAUUUCGAUAUGGUGGGAUAUCCAGAACUGCAAGGUUCCAUUAUCAUCAGAUCCUCAUUCUAUAGCUCAAAAUUUAACAUCGGCUCUGGUAAAUAUGAAAUACUGUGGUCCUGUUUCCAUAUCUGUCUAUGGUGACACGAAUCGGUUACCUGCAUCAGUUCAUCAAGCACUCAACAUCACUGGUAUAACCCUUAACCAUGUUUCUGCAGGUGUUAAAGAUGCGAGUUACAAGAAGAUGCUGAUGGAUAUGUUAUUCUGGGCUUUGGAUAAUCCAGCUCCGGCUAACUAUCUAUUAAUUUCCGGUGACCAGGACUUCUCCAAUGCCCUUCAUCAGUUGCGCAUGCGUAGAUAUAACAUUCUCCUCGCACAACCGACGAAAGCAUCAGCCCCGCUCGUUGCUGCUGCGACAAGUGUCUGGCUGUGGGCCACUCUUUGUGCCGGUGGGCCACCUCUAACAAAAGAUGAAAUAUCUCAGCUAGUCCAGAUUCAAUCAAACUGCUUAUCUGAAACAGAUACCAAACCUGAUAUUUUGUUAAAUGAUGGUAGAACAUCCGAAACCAGACAGAAAGGGAAGCAGACUUCUGAUAGUUUGUUAAACGAUGGUAGAACAUCCGAAACCAGACAGAAAGGGAAGCAGAGGUGUCUUCCUGAAUCAAAGUCAGAACAAAAAAGUUUUAACCAGAUUCCAAGUCAUGUUAAAGGGCCAGUUAUGGAUAAAACAUCACAAAAAACGAACAAGCAUCCAAAUGAUCUCGUCGAAGGACAGAUUGCUGUAAUCUUGUUUGCUUUGGAAACUCUGAAAACCGAAAUGAUUAUGCCAACUGAUGAAAAUCUAUCUGAUUGUAUCCGAUAUGGAGAUCCAAGACAUCGAAAUACUGAUGUUAAGAAAGCCAUAGAGAGUGCUUUGGAUUUGCAGUUUGUUGUGAAGAAAAGUUUAGGUAAUUCUUUACAAUUGUAUGUUGGUAAGAAUGAUAAAUUAUGGAAUUGUGUGAAUCUAUGGGGACACAAGCAGUACCCAUUACCAACUUGGAGGGAAGUUAAAAAAUUUAUGUUAUCAUCUGAUGGAAGAUCUGCAAUAAUGGCAUCUGAAUGCAAGUAUGAAGCUGCUAUUAUCAUCAAAAGGAUGUGCUUGAAAGAGCAUCCUCUUGGUGAGAUACUUCACAUUGUACAGCUAAUGGUUCGAGCAAAGAAGUGGAUCGUGCAUAAUCCAUCGGGAUGGCAACCUGUUAGCAUCCAACUGGAGGAUCAUGUUGUUUACUUGUGACCCCACCCAAUCAACUGAAAUCUGUUCAUAACCAAGGAAGUUUAGCUAUCGAAACGAGAAGCUUAGGAGAAUCGUUAGUUUGGUCGAGAAGAAGGAAUUCUUGGAUGAGUUCAGAUUUUCCUUAAAUUGAUUGAUAAUGAAAAGCUUUGAAAUUCUUAACA